AUGGAGCAUACAGGUCUGUGGCUUUGGUAUGAUCGAGCUCGCGAGGUGGUGAUCACGGAUAUGCAGCAGCGUUUUGACGAUGCAGUCGUCGUCGUCGUCCUGGUGGUCCCUCUCCUCGAAAUCGCAAGCCUCAAGGCCCCAGCUGCAAAUUUCUGGGGGUGCCUUCGGCUUGAGAUCUACCGGCUCCACGUUCCUGCAGAUCUGCACGCUCUACGGGCACUGGAGAUGCCUCCGCUUCUACAUCCCCUUCUUCCCGAUGCACCACGGCCUGGCCUCUUUUCGGAGUGGGGCCUGGGCCCGGCUGCUUUGAAGCAGCUGCAUGGGAUCCACUGCCUGGAGGUGCCACAAGAACUCUGCGAGCUUAACUCCCCCCAUGCCAUCAGUAUGACCAUAGCUAUUGCAGCGAUCGUGGACGAGGUGGCACUGCCUGACACCGACGACCCGCAAGCGGAGCUGAGUCCGGGGCCCGUGGUUUGGGCAGUGUCGCGUGUUGACGUAGAGGUAGCCCAGAGCUUGCGCUGGCUGGUCUCGGAUAAACGGAAUAUAUUCGAGGCACACAGCUUCGAAUCCGAGGCCGUUCCACCGCGUUGCGCCGCCAUGUCCCAGCAGUCCAAAGCAAAAUAUUUCUUUCAGCUGACCGAAGUCCCUGCCGGCUGGCCGCUCACGACCGUCAUCGACGCCUUCGUCCACUUGGGUGCUUAUCAUCCAGAAUAUCAUGCUGAUGCAAACCCAGCUCGCGAGGCGGUGAGCCGUCGGCUCGUGGAGCUCUGGGCCUCGCAGCCGGAGGAGGCCGAGGCCUGGCUCGAGCGCUUCGGAGAGCUGAACAUGGCGACGAGGCAGGAGCGGCUCCGCGAGGCGCUGCGCCAGCACGGGGCGGCCGCGUGGGGGAAGUACUUCGGCAACUGGCACUUCUCCGAGGCGGGACUCCUUCGAGGCGAGCUCCGCCCAGCAGCGGCGCGGGAGGCGGCAGCGGCUCGGUACCUGCAGAACUCCUACAGCCGCGAUCGCUGCCGGGAGCUCGCGGAGCGGCUCGUGGCGGCAGAGAGCCUGGAGACGGCGCGGAAGCGGCAGAAGCUCGAGGAGGAAACCUCCGAGCGCCGACGCCUCGAAGCGGAGCUGCAAACAUCGCAAGAGGAGGGCCGAGAGCUGCGCAAUCGCCUGGCUGCGGCGGAAGCGCAGGUGUCUAGCAAGGAUGCGGAGCUCCAAACUGCGCAGAGCGAGAGUGCGGAUUUCAAAGAGCAGCGCGAAGAGCUCGCAGCUCGCACUGCAGCUGCGGAGUCAGCUGUGACGGAGAUGCAGCAGGAGCUCCGGCAGCUGCGGGAAGAGCACGGCAAGUGCCAGGAGCGUUAUGAGGAGAUCGCGAAUCGUUUGGAGGCAGAAGCAGCUGAGCAUGCAACGACGAAGGAGCGUCUCUCGCAGGCCGAAGCCGAUGCCGCGGAAAGGAGGCUGGACCUGCAGCGGCUGCAAGAGGAGAGUCGUGGCUACCAGGAGCGCUGCCAGCAGGCGGAGGCGGCCCGCUGGGUUUUGUCUGAGAGCAAGGUGGAGCUACAGCUCGAGAAUGCAAGGCUCCAAGAGCGGUGCGAGCAGCUCCAGCAGCAGCUUGCCAAAGCAGAGGGCCAGAUGCAUGUUUUGCGGGAAGAGAAGGCCACUUACAAAGAGCGUUGCAGGCAGCUGGAGUGCGGGGCGACGUCGCCACGCACCCCUUAUGCCAGCCUCAUCCAACAGGGCCCAACUCCCAGUGGCGACGCAGCCUCCAGUGGCCAGGAGUCGAAUCUGACUGAAGAGCUCGGGUACGUUCUGGUGGAGGAUGGCGUGGCCUCCUCCUCCGCCUGGAGCUGCUCCUCUUGGUUCUCGGUGAGGCCCGACUGCUUCAUGCCGGAUGCAAUCUUCAAGACCCGCACCGAUGGCAGGGACCACUUCCUGAAGGGCCGCGAUCUCCUGAAGGGAUCGCAAGUGGUGGCCGGGGAUGGCGAGACCAUGGUGGAAGUGUGUGAGAAACCGGUGUGGUCUCAGGCCAGAGGUUUCGUCCGCUUGCAGGCCGGGGCUGCGAUGCUGGAGGUCACGGCAGAACAUCCGGUCCAGGUCCCACCAGCAGACGAUGCCAUGGAUGAUGAAGAGGGCGGAGGCAGCGCCCGCUACGUCGAAGCAGGACAGCUCAAGGAGGGUGACUUAGUCAUGCUCCAUGCCGGGGAGCCCGGCGUCCUCACGAAUGUUGAGGUAGAAUCGGGCGACUGCGAGGUGCUGAAGCUGGCCUUCAAGCCGAACCUGCCGGUGGCGGUCUUCUCGUGCCCACCCUGCAUCCUCAGCAAGGGCGCCAACCGGAAGCCCGCGACGCGCCGUGGGAAGAAGUGCCGGCAGGAGAAACAGGUCCCCCAAGCCGCUGCAGUGGCAGCAUCUGCUCACCACGCCGAAGACGAAGUCUGCGAUGGUGUGAUAUGGAGGACCCAAGCGGUCUUCUGCAAGCUAGAUUACUUCUUCGAGGGCCUUGAGAACGGGGAGCUGGGGUUAAUGCACGAGGACACGUUCGCGCCGACGAUGGCUGCAGCUGUGCAGCUCCAGGUCUGCAACGCUCCGUCUGACAUGGAGGACAGAGGCGCUAUGAAAAGCCGUGAGGAGGAGGCCGGCAAGCACGAGCACGCGAAGAUCCACCGUGAUGGUCCUAUGCCGACAGAAGAGAUGCUGGCGGCCUCGAAGUUUCGAGGUGGCUGGCGCCUUCGGGGCUGUGGUUCUGCCAAGAGAGACGAAGAGGCGCCGGACUGCCGAGCGCCUCGAAGAAGUCCUUUCUUCCGCGAUGAGCUGUGCAGGUUUGCACGGAAUGGGUGUGCAGGCAGCACUGACUGCAGCAACUGA